CUUUGCAUCACACGCAUGCGCAUAAAAACAUUUAAAAUAUUCAAUAUGGAGUCAAAGUUGUACAAGAUCGUGCUUGGUAUUGCAGUACAUGCUAUUUAUCUUUACUCGAUAUUUGACAUUUAUUUUACUUCACCGCUUGUGCACGGCAUGACUCCACAUCGUUCCUCGCUGAAACCUCCAGCUAAACGUCUAGUACUGUUUGUGGCCGACGGUCUUCGCGCAGACAAACUAUUUGAGAAUCAGAUUAGUCGAGCUCCAUUCAUUCGCGACGUAAUAUUUAACUAUGGAAGGUGGGGUGUGUCACACACACGGGUGCCAACAGAAUCCAGGCCUGGACAUGUUGCAAUAAUCGCGGGCUUUUAUGAAGACGUUAGUGCUGUGGCCAAAGGAUGGAAGGAAAAUCCAGUUGAAUUUGAUUCUGUAUUCAAUGAAAGUCGUUACACAUGGUCGUGGGGUAGUCCUGACAUAUUGCCAAUGUUUUCCAAAGGAGCAAGUGGUACUCAUGUCAUAAUGGAUAUGUAUGAUGCUACACUUGAAGAUUUUGCAGCUCAAGAUCAUUACCUUCUUGAUAGAUGGGUUUUUGAAAAAGUUGCAGUGUUCUUUAAGAAUGCUAACGAAAGCUUACAAUACAAACUGCAAGCUGAUCAAAAUGUAUUUUUCCUACAUUUACUUGGUAUUGACACCAAUGGCCAUGCCCACAGACCCAUGUCUGCCGAAUAUCUUGGAAAUAUUGAAUAUGUUGAUGAAGGUAUUAAACAAGCAUAUGAAAUGUUUGAAGACUAUUUCAACCAUGACAAAUUGACAGCAUAUAUAUUGACAUCUGAUCAUGGCAUGACCAAUUGGGGUUCCCAUGGAGCAGGUCACGCUCAUGAGACUUUGACACCUCUUGUUGCUUGGGGUGCUGGGAUACAUCAUCCUGAAAGGAGUACAUCACCAGAGUACAAUGAUGGAUUGGCUGAGAAUUGGGGGUUAUCUAUGAUAAAAAGAAGUGAUGUUCUUCAAGCUGACAUUGCCCCACUAAUGGCUUCAUUGAUAGGCAUACCAUUUCCAAUGAAUUCUGUGGGAGUUCUACCCUUGGAUUACCUUAACAAUACUGAUUUAUACAAGACUGAAAAUAUAUUUGUCAAUGCUAAGCAAAUAUUGGCACAAUUUCAGAUCAAGGAAAGAUCAAAGAAGGAAUCAGCAUUCAUUUUCAAACCAUUUUCUGAACUAAUAGGUUCUAAACAGAUGGCAUUCAUUCGUGAUAUUACAACAUUGACUAAGUCUGGCAAAUAUCAUUUGGCAAGAAACUUGUCCCAAGAUUUAAUUGAGCUCUCACUCAAAGGGCUGAAUUAUUAUCAAAAAUAUGACAGAAUUCCUUUAAGUGUUAUGGUAACAUCUGGUUUUCUUGGUUGGAUUGCUUGUGUCAUCUUGCAAAUUUUCACAACAAAUACUGAAAAGUCUAUAAAAUCUAACAGAGGUUUUAUUGUCAGUACAUUAUUUACGGGUACUGGCUGUAUGGCAGGAGUGGGCUUGCUGAUAGUGAAGGCUCCUCUCACACACUAUGUGUACCUCGUGAUACCUCUGUUUUGUUGGCACUAUAUUGUACAACAAUGGGUUGUAAUAAAGAGAUUUUGUACAACAUCGACAAACAGCUUUCUAAAACUAAGUCUUGGUCUUCUUUUGGUUGUGUUUGGAUUGGAAGUGUUGGUCUUUAGCUUCUUUAAUCGGUUUGCUCUAUCAAUUGGUUUAAUUGUCUUGGCCAUGUGGCCUUUAUCAACAUCACUGGUCCGAACACAUAGACGAACAGUUGCAUUGUGUGUAGCAUCAUGUGUUGCACUUGCUAUUUUCCCUAUGCUUCCAGUUGUUGGUCGUGAUUCCAAUUAUCUUAUAGUAACAAUAGCUGGCAUUCUUUCAGCAAUAGAAGCAAUUUUAAUUAUAUUAGCUUACAAGAAGAACAAAGGAACUCUAACAACAAGGACAAAGAAAGUCUUUAGUAUACAGUUUUUGAUUUUGAUUUUAGCCAUACUUAUUCUCAAUCACAGCAGGUACAAUAUAUCAUUAAAGCUUGGCCUACCAAUACUCAAUUCCAUAUUCAGUUGGUCAACACUCUUUUGUUGUAUUGUUCUACCACCAAUGGUAAUAGACUCUCUAGUUUUGCGACUAUUAAGUACCAACAUAUCCUUGAUGUCCGUGUAUGUACUACUGUGCACAUCGUACGAAGCAUUAUUUUUCGUUGUCCUAUCAUCAGCUAUGGCACUGUGGUUAACGUUGGAAUAUCAACUAUCAACUGGCAACAAUUUCAUUUCAUUGGUUAAUGUUACAGUAAAUGAACCAUUUGAAGGCCAUGCAAGGGAAGUGAGUAUGGAUGACCUACGUUCUUCUUUCUUCUUCGUCUACUUCAUAAUAACAGCAUUCUUUGGCACAGGAAAUAUCGCAAGCAUUAAUACUUUUGAUCCAGCGACUGUCUAUUGUUUUCUCACAGUUUUUUCACCAUUCAUUAUGGGUGCGUUGUUGAUCCUGAAAAUCCUCAUUCCGUUCGUUACUGUCACGUGCGUCUUCGAUGCUGUUCACGUGGUUUGUAGGGUGCCAGUCAAUCGUUUGUUCCUGUUCGUGUUGAUAAUGACGGACUUGAUGGCGUUGCAGUUCUUCUAUUUCGUGCGUGAUUAUGGAAGUUGGUUGGAGAUUGGCACUAGCAUAAGUCAUUAUGUCAUCAUGUUGUGUUUUAUUAUUUUCUUAUUUUUUAUAUUUACUGUUGCGAACUUCUUUACGCGAAAUACGUCGUGGAGCUCGGGGAAAAUACACAUACAAUAGGGUAACAAAGGGUACAUGACAUGAUACGAUUCCAGUCUGUGGUAUUUAAAGAAUGCACGUGAAACAUUUCUAAUUUGUUCUAAUUUAUGGUAUAAUUGAAUUUUGUUCCAUUCUAAUUCUACUAAAGCGAUAAAGAAACUGUUUUCCUGUUAAA